UACUCGUUUCAGGUGUCCAUAGUGAGCGCGAGCCGCGGCUUGAGAAGGAAUCACAUAGGCGUUAUAAAGGGCGCAGAGAGAAGCGAAGUUCUCAUGAAGAAGCGGACUGCAAAUCAACAAACAUCCUCGCAGCUCAACUUAUAAACAACAGCCGGAUAAUACAAAACCACUCCUGAGAAACCGAACGCAAGACAGGAUUAUUCAACACACAGCUGAUGACGCUUUCUUAACUUGUUGACAUGAAAGCUUUUUGUGCAAAACACUUAGCUGGAGCUCACCGGUGAACCGCAACACCUUAUUUUCGCCUCUCAAAUGACAUGCAACAUACUGACUCCCGGCUGUGUAUUACGAUCUUGAUCUCUGAGGAAAACACCAAUGCCAGGAAUCAGUGCAAACGCAUCGCGAAAUAAGAAGUGGGAGAUGGAGGAAUACGACCAAUAUCAGCACUAUUUCUACGACGACCACAACUUGGACGAGGACUUCUUUUUCAAAUCGACCGCACCAAGUGAGGACAUUUGGAAGAAAUUCGAGCUAGUGCCAACCCCGCCCAUGUCGCCUGUCAGGAUACUGGAAGGUAUCGGUCCAUCUCCAGGGGACAAGCUGGAGUGGAUGUCCCAGUUCCUGGGGCAGGACGACGAGCAGGAGGGCCAGUGCAAACUGAACGCGGAGGAGACUCUGGAGAACUUGAGCUCCAUCAUUAUUCAGGACUGUAUGUGGAGCAGCUUCUCCGCCAGUCAGCAGCUGGAGAAAGUUGUCAGCGAGCGCUUGUCCUGCUCGGCGCAGGCGAAACUCUCCAGCAAGGCGCAGUGCGUCCCUGCGGACGCGCCUGCUCUCAACAGCUUGGCGACAGAUUGCGUGGAUCCAGCAGCUGUCCUUACCUUCCCUCUGAGCAGCAGCUGCAAGAAACAGGUGUCGUCCGGGUCAGAAUCUCGCACCGACUCCUCUGAUGACGAAGAGAUCGACGUAGUGACGGUGGAACACAAGCAGAACAAGUCCCGCUUGGUGAACGCCCGUAAACCGGUGACCAUCACGGUUCGUGCAGACCCUUAUGACCCUUGCAUGAAGCGUUUCCACAUCUCCAUUCACCAGCAGCAGCACAACUAUGCUGCCCGCUCUCCCGACAGCUAUCCUGAAGAGGAGCCGCCUCGCAAGAAGGUCAGGCAAGAGACCUUGCAACCACGUUUGGGUUCUCCACCCCAAACGCCAGAAAGAAAAACCCCCUUACCUUCCCCCUCAACCCCUACUCCAUCUCAGACUGUCUCUGCUUCUCCAACACACACAUCCUACCACCUCAAAUCCCAACCAUCCAGCCCUCAGAGUUCGGACUGUGAGGACACGGACAAGCGGAAGACGCACAACUUCUUGGAGCGGAAGAGACGCAAUGACCUACGUUCGCGAUUUCUGGCCCUGCGGGAUGAGAUCCCAGGCUUGGUUGACUGUCCAAAGACGCCCAAAGUUGUGAUCCUGACCAAGGCCACAGAAUACCUGCGUACGCUGCAUGUCAGCGACAAACAGAAGGCUCAGGAGAAGAAGCAACUGAAAAACAAGCAACAGCAGUUACUACGGAGACUCGCUGAACUGAAACGUGCAUAAACCUUUGUAGUCCAGCCAUAUUUUCAAUAGGAACUGUGUAGAACUGUGUUUUCUUUCCAAACGAGGGAUAUUUAAUGGAAUGGACUCUAGUUCUUCAGUUUUCGUUCUUUGCACAUUUGCCUUCGCAAUGGGGAGGAGAAGUACUUGUGGAAGCUGUGGACCUCACCAAGCUUCAAACGUUUUCCAAAGAGGGUCAUUAUUUCUGAUUUUCAUUUGAAACUGAAACCAUGAAUGUGUGUUAUCCUAAAUUCUUUCGCAAAAGCUAUAGUAUUUGGGGCGGGGAAGUAUUAUUUCAUUGAAUUAGCAUGCCAAAUUAGGCAUUGUUUGAGAUGUAGCAAGUUAUAUGCAUGUGUAAUUGAUCUUCUAAACCAACAUGCCCUUUUUAGUGGCGGAAAUCUUGAAUUUAUCUGGGUAAAUAUAUAUAUUUAAGGGUUUUGAUCAAUGUAACUUCUCCGUUAAUAGUGCUUUAUCUAAAUUAACCUAAAUUUAAGGAGAGCUGUGUGCCCCCAUUGCCACAUGAUGACAGAGAGUAAGUUUAACAGACAGGAAGUUGCAUCACUGUUCUUUUGUUACAUUGUGUUCCAUUUUGUUUUCUUUUCAGUUAUUGUAUAUUAUUGUUAUUUUGGAUGUUCAGGACAGUGUCCAGCACAGCCUUGCAGUGUAUAUAAACUGUGGCAUAUUCUUUGGACAUAUGUGUAUAUAAUUGUAGUGGUGUACAGGACAUUGUGUAAAAAAAACAUACUUUGUGUUUUGAAUAUGAAAAUCAGCACUGUUAAUAGACUUUAUUUUCUAUUUUUCUGUCAUUUGUCCUAAAACUUGGUUGGCCCACCUGCCUUCCCUAGAGUAUCUCAAAAUUUCUAUUUUUGUUAAGAAAAGUUAAAAAAAAAAAUUCAAAAAGUUAAAUAAAACAACACUAUCAACAUUUCAUUUUCAUCACUAGCCACUUUAUGCUGUUUUCACUGCCUAUUCCCUUGUGUUCUGAAGUUUCUUUGGCUUAUCGCUCUUGUGGCAGAAAACAAUUGCUGAAAGAAUUUUGUACUAAUUAUAUUUUCUUACGGAAUUAAUUGUAUCAUUGUUUGAUUUCUAUUUAAAUAUAAAGUUGUACUGGUGGCAUAUGCUUACAUAUUUCCUAAUAUGACUAUGGUAAUUUGAAGUUUUUGCACAUGGUCAUUUGUCAUGCAAUUAUUUGUAAAAAAAUAAAAAAUAAAUAAAAAUAAAGGCCAUGUGCUCACAACAAUCAUCACUGAUUGAUUGAGGUGGAUUUUGUUUGUACAAUUGGCCAAAAGGGUAAAAUGCCAUCAGAAAUAUGUAUAUGCCAUCAGUAACCCGUUGUUGUUGUUGUGUUGUUUUUCUUUAAUUUUGUCCUUUGUCGUCAGGUGUCAUAACGGGAGGAGAAUGGCAGCAGCAUUGUCUAAGCACUUUGUGUUCUGUACCUCAUAAGCCUAUAUACAUAAACUCAAAAUUGGGUAAAUAAAAUAAAUUCAGUUCAAAUCA